UUCUGUUCUGGGCCGAGCAGACGCCAAAUGAAUCCACUUCCCUUCUCGAGGAGAGGAGCACUCUUUCUCUUUCUCUCACUUCCUGUAUGGCUGAGCAAGGCGGUUCGAGUUCUCCACAUUGAGUUACCAAUUUAUUUUCUUUCUUUACUUUAUUAGGUCUAUUUGACAGGGACAGUGUAUAUUUAUCAACAUUUCUGUAAAUGUGCACGAUUUAGCCAGCCGGGGGAUCACUUUCAUUCGUAGUCCCUUGGACAUUCUACCACCACUACUUGAAAGGUAAAAGUGAAGAGGUGUAGUCGUUUUCUUUCUGUGUAUCUAGAAGAGAUGUCCUAGCUCCCCUGUGUCGUUAUUCUGAAUCUGAGACCCACCCCGCGGCAUUGUGAUCCUCGUCAGUCAAUGUGUCUGUUCUCCCAGAAGAAAGUAGCCUACUGUAGCUGCUGUGUGUUGACUGCUUCUCAUGAUGACUGACUCUACUAUGGGGCUGCGUUUGGGACCAGGACCAGGGCCGGGACCAGGCCCGACCUCUCCGCUGAAGGAGCAGCAGCAGGGUUGGAACGCGGCCCCGCGGUGGGAGAUGAACCGCUAUACCACCAUGAGACAGCUGGGGGACGGGACCUUCGGCAGCGUGCUCAUGGGCAAGAGCAACGAAUCUGGAGAACUGGUGGCCAUCAAGAGGAUGAAGAGGAAGUUCUACUCGUGGGAUGAGUGUAUGAACUUACGAGAAGUCAAGUCUCUGAAGAAGUUGAGCCAUGCCAACGUAGUGAAGCUGAAGGAGGUGAUUCGAGAGAAUGACCACCUCUACUUUGUCUUUGAGUACAUGAAGGAAAACCUCUACCAGCUGAUGAAGGACAGACAGAGAUUGUUCCCUGAGUCAGUGGUCAGGAACAUGCUGUUUCAGAUCUUACAGGGACUCUCCUUUAUCCAUAAACAUGGUUACUUCCACCGUGACAUUAAACCAGAGAACCUGCUCUGUAUGGGUCCAGAGUUGGUGAAGAUAGCUGACUUUGGGUUGGCCAGAGAGAUACGCUCCCAGCCUCCCUACACUGAAUACGUCUCAACUAGAUGGUACCGCGCCCCUGAGGUUCUCCUGAGGUCCCAGUCAUAUAGCUCUCCUAUAGACAUCUGGGCAGUGGGCUGCAUCAUGGCGGAGCUCUACACACUCAGACCUCUGUUUCCAGGAAACAGCGAGGUGGACGAGAUCUUCAAGAUCUGCCAGGUGCUGGGCACCAUGAAGAAGAUGGACUGGCCCGAGGGCUACAACCUAGCAGCCUCAAUGAACUUUCGUUUCCCCCAGUGUGUCCCGACCAGCCUGCGCUUGCUGGUCCCCAACGCCUCCAAUGAGGCCCUGGUUCUGAUGAGGGACAUGCUGCAGUGGAACCCCCAGAAGAGACCCACCACCAUGCAGGUAUACAUGUUAACCCCAACCCCAGAAGAGACCCACCUCCAUACAGGUAUACAUGUUAACCCCAGAAGAGACCCACCUCCAUACAGGUAUACAUGUUAACCCUAACCCCAGAAGAGACCCACCUCCAUACAGGUAUACAUGUUAACCCCAGAAGAGACCCACCUCCAUACAGGUAUACAUGUUAACCCCAGAAGAGACCCACCUCCAUACAGGUAUACAUGUUAACCCCAGAAGAGACCCACCUCCAUACAGGUAUACAUGUUAACCCCAGAAGAGACCCACCUCCAUACAGGUAUACAUGUUAACCCCAGAAGAGACCCACCUCCAUACAGGUAUACAUGUUAACCCCAGAAGAGACCCACCUCCAUACAGGUAUACAUGUUAACCCCAGAAGAGACCCACCUCCAUACAGGUAUACAUGUUAACCCCAGAAGAGACCCACCUCCAUACAGGUAUACAUGUUAACCCUAGAAGAGACCCACCUCCAUACAGGUAUACAUGUUAACCCCAGAAGAGACCCACCUCCAUACAGGUAUACAUGUUAACCCCAGAAGAGACCCACCUCCAUACAGGUAUACAUGUUAACCCCAGAAGAGACCCACCUCCAUACAGGUAUACAUGUUAACCCCAGAAGAGACCCACCUCCAUACAGGUAUACAUGUUAACCCUAACCCCAGAAGAGACCCACCUCCAUACAGGUAUACAUGUUAACCCCAGAAGAGACCCACCUCCAUACAGGUAUACAUGUUAACCCCAGAAGAGACCCACCUCCAUACAGGUAUACAUGUUAACCCCAGAAGAGACCCACCUCCAUACAGGUAUACAUGUUAACCCCAGAAGAGACCCACCUCCAUACAGGUAUACAUGUUAACCCCAGAAGAGACCCACCUCCAUACAGGUAUACAUGUUAACCCCAGAAGAGACCCACCUCCAUACAGGUAUACAUGUUAACCCCAGAAGAGACCCACCUCCAUACAGGUAUACAUGUUAACCCCAGAAGAGACCCACCUCCAUACAGGUAUACAUGUUAACCCCAGAAGAGACCCACCUCCAUACAGGUAUACAUGUUAACUCCAGAAGAGACCCACCACCAAUGAGGAUUAAUAUGCUGAUUUCUCACUGUGU